CCCAGGGCCAUGGCGGCGACGGUGUGCAGACGGUACCUUUCCCGGCCAUGGCUAAGCAGGUGCAACUUCCACUCUGCCCUGAGCGCCCCAAGGCAGCCUGCCCUGCGCCGGGAAGGACAACCCGAGUGACUCCGGCCCCUGUUUCCCGUUGCAGGACAGCCGGGCAGGCUGUGGGACGGCACUACCGCGCCGCGGUUUGCGCCGAGCUGAACCAGCCCCUGGCUAUUAAAGAGGUGGCACCUCGCCCCGUCCGUCCUCACGAGGUCAGAGUGGAUGUCCAUUUCUGCGGGGUUAACUUUGUUGACCUCUUGGUCUGCCGGGGGCAGUAUCAGGAAAAGCCCCCUGUUCCCUUCACACCCGGAUUGGAGUUUUCUGGGACGGUGUUGGAGACAGGCCCAGAUGUUAGCUCCGUCAAGGAGGGCGAUCGAGUUAUUGGCAUGAUUAACUUUAAUGCAAUGGCUGAAGAAUGCAUCACUGAUCAGAAGACCGUGUGGAAAAUUCCAGAAAAGGUCUCCCUACAAGAAGCUGCUGUUUUGCCUGUAUCUUAUGGCACUGCUAUUAUGGCUCUGGAACAUCGGGCCCGGAUCCAGCCUGGGGAGACUGUCCUGGUGACAGCGGCGGCUGGGGCCACAGGCCUGGCGGUGAUCGAUGUGGCGACGAAUGUUCUGCAGGCCAAGGUCAUUGCUGCAGCCGGAAGUGACGAGAAGUGCAAGCUGGCGAUGCAGAGAGGUGCCCAGUUCAGUGUGAACUACACUGAGGGCAGCCUGAGAGAGGCAGUGAAAAAACUUGUGGGGGACCGCAGGGUGCACGCGGCCAUCGACAUGGUGGGGGGAGAGGUCUUCCUGCAGGCCCUCCGCAGCCUGGCCUGGGAGGGUAGGAUCGUGGUGCUGGGAUUUGCUGGAGGAAACAUUGCUUCGUUGCCAACCAACCUUCUGCUCCUGAAGAACGUCUCAGCCAUGGGCAUGACCUUGGACCUGUACAGAGACCGCAACAUUCCCCUCCUCUAUGAAAGACUGAGCUCGGCUCUGCAGUAUUGCCAGCAAGGCUGCCUGCACCCGCACGUCGGGAGAGUGUUUAAGCUGGAGGAGGUCAAUGACGCCUUUGUGCAUGUGCUACAGCGCAAGUCCACAGGCAAGGUGCUCCUGUCUCUGAAGUAGGUCCUUGGCCCAGCAACAAGUUCCGCACGACCCAAGCCAAACUCUCCUCUCCCCCAGAACCUGUGCUCCCCCCGUGGGUCGGAGGCGUCCUCACCUUCCUCGCUGACCCAGGUUGAUAAUCCCCAGAGUCACCUC